AUGAAGUUCCUGUCUCUGGUUGCCGCGGUCCUCCCGCUGGCGUCCGCUCUCACAAUCCCUGAGAAGCGCAUCACCACCCCGGCCAACGACCCCUUUUACGUGCCCCCCUCGGGCUUUGAGUCGUCCAAGCCCGGCGCCGUCCUGCGCGAGCGCCCCAUCGUGGCUUCAUUCUUUGGCCUCAUCCCCGAAGCCAUUGACGCCCGCCAGCUGCUCUACCGCACCACGGCCAUUGACGGCUCGGCCAUUGCCACCGUCACGACCAUCUUCAAGCCGCUGAUCGCCAAGAAGGACCGCUUCAUUGCGUUCAACACGGCCUACGACUCGUCCGCCUCCAUCUGCGACCCCAGCUACAACUACCGCUGGGGUGCCCUCCAGACGGACCUGAUCUCCUCGGCCGAGUUCCUCGUCAUCCAAGCCUACCUGCUCUCUGGCUACACUGUCGCUUCGUCCGACUAUGAAGGUCCUGAUGUGGCUUUCUCUGUCGGCCGCCUCUCAGGCAUGGGCGUCCUUGAUGGCAUCCGCGCCGUGGUCAACUACGGCCCCAAGAUUGGUCUGAACAAGAACCCCAUGGUCGUCAAUGUCGGAUACUCUGGCGGCGCCAUUGCCGGUGGCUGGGCUGCUUCCCUCCAGCCUAGCUACGCCCCGGAGCUGAACAUGAAGGGCUUCAUCAUCGGUGGCACCCCUGCCAAUCUCACCCAGGUUCUCGUCGCCGUUGACGGCACGCUCUUCGCCGGCUUCCUCCCCGGUGCUAUUGCCGGUCAGGUCAUGCCCUCUGCUUACAAGGCCCGUCUCGGACCCGUCCUGGACAAGAUCAUCACUCCCCAUGGCAAGGAUGUUCUGGCUCUGGGAUCCAGCCAGUGCGUCGCUGUCAACCUCAUUUCCUUUGUGGGCCAGUCGCUCCUCGACACCAAGGUGCAGAGUCUGGGCCCAGACCUGCUCUACCAGGAGGAUGUCGCCGCCGUGCUCACGGAAAACACCAUGGGCCUGAAGCAGGAAGAAACCCCCAAGGUGCCCGUUUUCAUGUACCACGCCAAGAAUGACGAAAUCAUUCCCUUCAGCGGAGCCGAGGAUCUGAGCAAGCGCUGGUGCGGCUACGGUGCCGACGUGCGCUUCACCAACUACGGAGCUGGUGGUCACGCCACUACCGAGGUUGUCGCCGUCAUCGACGCCAUCAAGUUUGCCAAUGAUGCUUUUAACGGCUGGGUUCCUGGUGGCUGCUCCAGCACUUCGGUUCUCACCGAUAGUCUCAACCCGCUCGCUCUUGGCCUCAAUCUGGAGCCGGUUCUUACCCAGCUUAUCGGCAUUCUGCUGGCUCUCGGCAAGAAGGAUGCCAACUGGGUCCAGGGCAUCAAGCAGGGCAAGGUUAUGUAA